CGAAUGAAUUUUGUAAAGAAAGUGCCAGGUACUCAUAUUUUGAUUACGUCAACAUUUCUUGCGAAGUUUUGUGUUGUUGUUAUGGAAAUUCGGCUUUUACCGAUGGUUCCCGAAGUUUUACGGACUGUCGUAGAUGGCGGGAAAAUGACGUAUUCACCAGAUUUGAGGUUUAUAAUCAGUCUCAAGGGAAUGGAGCGGAUCACAGAUUCUUGACCUGGAAGGUGAUGAUAGGCAAAGUUUCACUUAAAGAAGAAUCCAGAAACUACUCAAGACCUAAAUUCAGACAGUUGUCACGUGAUGUCAGUGGGGAAGUGUUCGAUAUUCCAGAGAACCAUAAGAUUAUCUUUGCAUACGAAUCGUUGCACGGAAAAACUACACUAAUUGGUGGUAUCUGUUUUAGAAUAGCCGAUACAGGUGUAUCCGUGCCGGACACAGUGUUUGAUUCGGAAUUUUACCACGUCAUUGCUUUUCUAUUUGUUAAGGGAGACUUUCAAGGUCAAGGUGUUGGCAGAAGGCUGUUGAACAAAGCGGCCACAUUUAUGAUGAACGUCAUCAAACGACCCAUUCGUGUACAGAGUGCAGAGAAGGCUGUGUCAUUUUUUGAGAAAAUGGGUUUCGUACAAGUGCAGGCACCCUUUGAAAGCAUGUGCGGGCCUCGCUUGUUUAGGUUUCUAUACAAUAUGGAAAAAGAUGUGAAAUGAGACUAUCAGGUUGUGGAAACUGCAGUGUCAAAUGUCAACUUAUAUAGGCCAGUAUGUAAUAUUAUCAAAAUAGAAUAUCCUUCUGCAAUCUUUUCAUGAAUGCAUGCAAUCAAACUGCAUUGUCUUACUGUCCAACAUCUCAUACUAGAUAUCUCAGGAGCCUAAAACACGGCUUGAACUACAACCGCUGAAAGUAUAGUUUUGGAUAUCUCUAUACAUGUAAUAUAAAAUAAAACGUGUUAGAAGUC